CCUCGUACCCUCGGAAUCAAAGCAAAAACCCUUGAAGCCAGGUUUAUAUCUGGUAGGAACACCUAUUGGGAAUCUUGAAGAUAUUACUCUCAGAGCUUUGAGAGUUUUAAAUUCUGCAAAUGUGAUACUUUCUGAAGAUACAAGGCAUUCAGGGAAGUUGCUACAGCAUUACAAUAUUAAGACUCCUCUUCUUAGCUAUCACAAAUUCAACGAAUCUCAGAGGGAGCAAUCUGUGUUAAAAAGACUUGGAGAAGGUCAAGUUGUGGCAUUGAUCAGUGAUGCUGGAACUCCGGGCAUUAGUGAUCCUGGUGCAGAACUGGCAAAAUUAUGUGUGGAGAUGAAUAUACCAGUGAUUCCUAUCCCGGGUCCUUCUGCCCUCAUAACUGCUCUAUCGGCCUCUGGCUUACCUACUAACGAGUUCACAUUUGUUGGAUUUCUCCCAAAACAUGCUGGUUCUAGGAGAGAGAGACUGACGAUUUCUUCAAAUGAGGCAGCAACUCAGAUUUUCUAUGUUCCACCUCACAAGCUUUGCCAUUUUCUUGAAGAGACUUCUUCGAUAUUUGGUGAUUCUAGGCGGUGUGUCAUAGCACGUGAAAUGACUAAAAUAUAUGAGGAGUUUUGGCAUGGUAGUAUAGGCCAAGCCAAAGAAGCUUUUUCAACACGCCAACCUAAGGGUGAAAUCACCUUCUUGCUUGAAGGAAAAUCACCUAGUACAGAUGCCGCUCCAUCGGAGUCCGAAUUGGAGAAUGAAUUGAGAGAGCUUAUAUCGAAAGGCAACACACUUUCAAUGGCAGUGAAGAUGGUGGCAACCUGCAAGUCUCUGAAAAGAAAAGCAAUAUAUUCUCUUGCACUUAAGAAAUUCGGUAAGCAACUUGAAUCCGAGGAUGAUGAUGAUGAUCCAGCUUGAUGACCCUGUACAGAAAAACAAAGAAAGAAAGAAAGAAAGAAAGAAAGAAAGAAAGAAAGAAAUAAAGAAAGAGAAUGUGUUGGACUAUAGGUGUGCUUGUUCAAUAUAUUAUUCAGCUGGCAUUGAUUACAGAAAGCCUGGACGGGUCUACCUUCUGCAUACAGCUGUUGUAGAAGGAAAUAUUCUUUUGGGAGUCCACAAUGCAUGGUCUAGGCAAAAUAGUCAACUUCUGAUUCAAACAGCGUUUAUACCCAUCGUGAUUUUGUUCCCCAUAGCUCUGACUUUUUUUUUGAAGCAGUAGUUUUUGGUAAUUUCAUUCCUCCCUCUGACUUUCAUGGGAAAUAUAUUAUCCACCAAGGACCUAUAAUGUGUACAGUCCUAUCCUGUGAUGCUGAACCCCGCAUUAAAGAUAUAGUUCUUGUAGAAUAUUAAGGUCAAGCAACCAAGAAUACUUUGGUGGUCGGCAAUGCUGUUUUAUAUAGGUCAGAAUAUGGAAUAUCGCUGGAUUUGUUACCCAGAAAUAUCAAAUUACAGUGGAUUUUUAUUUUUUAUAUACUCUUAUUAUAUACUACGUACAAUUCAAAGAUUU